GUUAAAAAAAAAUUGCAAUGGCAUGUCAUACAUGGCUUUUAGAAAUUUAAUUUGGUUGUAAGGACAUAGUUUACGCAUAUUAUAUUAGGAACAUUAUUUUAUCCACAAUUAAGCUUUAAUUUAGUGCCAAGUAACUGCUUCAAAUAAUUAGGGCUUGUAAACAUCGCGGGUAAUUAAUGUGAUUCGUGUAGGCAGUGUAUCGAUGAUCCCGUAUUUGUUAAAUAACGUUGGUUUUUAGUGUGUAGUGUCCGUUAUCGUGUCAAGAAACCGUGUAAUGUGUAUAUUUUGAACCACGUGAGCCGUCGUACUCGGGAGCACUGUAGCAGGGAUGUGUUUACAACUCUAACCGUCCCGUGAGUAUGAUGUCAUUGUAUGAUUGUAGUGCCUUCCAUAAAAAACUGUGUUGGCUUGGUGCCCACCCGUUUUCCUCUGAAUACGACAAUUCUGAUACUGAUUCGCGAAUUUAUCCACGCGGAUAAAGCGCAAUGAACCUCUAGGUUAUAGUGGUGUCCCAGUUGCAUAUGUGAUGCUAAUGAGGUCUAUGGCCAAGUGAGAUUGGGCCUCCCAACUAGUUUUGUUUUUAAAUAUUCGAGACGGUGGAGUGAGUAAUGUAGUGCUUGUUGAAAUUACAGUGUAUGUUUAUAUGUGAAUUGUGUUUGAUAGUCUGAUGUUGGAGGUUCCUUCUAUUGUGGAGGUAAGAAAGUGUAACAGUGGCGAUGGAUCCGUCUCGGCGGCAGCGCACCCACACCAAGGCCACUGCCGAGGAGCAGGCUCUUGACCAGAUCGCCAAAGAGGCGGAGCAACGCCUAGCGGCGAGGCGGGCGGCGCGGGCGGAGGCGCGCGAGAUUCGCAUGCGCGAGCUGGAGCGCCAGCAGCGGGAACAGGAGGACCAUGCUGACAAGGCCUACGACAUGUAUGCCGAGACGGUGGGGCGGCGCACGGGCACCCGGCUGACGGGGCUCAGCCCCGCGGCGCUGCACUCGCCGCGGCGGAGCUCCGAGGACUCGGCCGAUGACACCUUCAAUGUCAAGGAUCUUAGGGGGGAGUUGAAAGAGGUAGAAGAAAAGUUCCGCAAGGCGAUGAUCUUAAACGCGCAACUUGACAACGACAAAGCGGCGCUCGGCUACCAGCUCGAAUUACUAAAAGACCGCAUCGAGGAAUUACAUGAGGAAUACGCCCAACUACAGCGGGAGCACAAAGAGAAAUGUUCAGCCCACGAGCGCCUAAAACGCGAGCACUUGUCCCUGGAGCGCGAGCUGGGCCUGGCGCGCGGCGCGGUGGUCGCCCGGGAGCGCGCCGCCGCCGCCGCCGGGUUCGCCUUCGUGGACGCCACCGCCGGCGCCGAGCCGCGGGACGACACGCUGCCGCCGCUGGCGCUAGUGUCGCACCAGAACGAGAAGCUGCUCAACGACGCCGGCGAGGGAACGCUAGAUGUCCGGUUGCAAAAGCUGCUGAGCUCGAAGCAGGCCCUGGAGGGCGAGGUGCGGCGGCUCAAGCUGCAGCUCAACGAGGAGCGCCACAACGGCGUCGCGCGCGCGCACGACCAGGACCUCGAAUCUGAACUGGAGGCCCUCCGCAAGUGUAACGCGGAAGCGAAGGCGCGAGCGGCGCGCGCGGAGGCCGAGGCGGCGCUGCAGGCCGCCGCCGCCGCGCGGCUCGGCGCGCAGCUGCAGCGGCUCAAGGCGCAGGCCGACGCCCGAGACGACGCCGAGGAGCAGCUCAAGCAGGAGCGCCGCAAGCUGCAGAGGGAGGCCCGCGAAGCGCUAAACCGGGUGGAAGAGUUGGAGACGGAGAACAGCCACCUCACCAAGCGGCUCGACAAGCUCAAGAACGCCAAGUCCGCGCUGCUCAAGGAGCUGUGACCCGACCCGAUACCGACCCUAACCUGAACACAUACGGUCCACUUUACAAUGGAGUCCCGCUGCGGCUUCGCCCCAGCCUGUGCGUGCAAAUAUGAACCCUGCUGCGAUAACGGAAAGUCUUAAUUACACCUACCGUCUACAUUAAGAUUUUCAGCUGUGGCUUUGUCGGAACCUGUGUUUUAGAAUAGGAACCUUGCGGCG